AUGCGCCUUCAGUUACUACUACUGAGUGGGCUAUUUAUGAGCGGACUCACGGUCGGCACAUCUUUUAAUUCCACACAACCACCAACUGGCUUUCCUCCUUGCGAUGAACUUAUCCAAGCAGGCUUAGAAAAGAGCAUUCUCCUUCCUACAGAGCCCAGUUAUGCAGCCCGAAUCGAGAGUUAUUGGUCCCUGAACAGUCGCCAACAUCCAUUUUGCAUUGUACAGCCUCGCAAUGCGAAAGAAGUCGCAACAGCGAUGACAGCUCUUCUUGGUGCCGACAGCGCUGGAGACUGGCAUAUCGCUAUUCGUUCAGGCGGACACAACUCCGGAGGAGCAAACAACAUCGAUAACGGCGUGACAAUCGAUCUCGUGCAUCUUAACGAAGCUACAUACGACAAGACAACAAACCUCGCGAGUAUCGGUCCUGGCGCCAAGUGGAUGGAUGUGUACGCCAAGCUUGCCAAGGAUGACGUCCUAGUCACCGGAGGUCGUGAUGGUGAUGUUGGCGUCGGUGGUUUCUUGCUGGGCGGUGGAUCCACCUUCUUCAUGGGCACGGAAGGCUUUGGCUGCGACGCUGUCAAAAACUACGAGGUUGUUCUCACCAACGGUACUAUUGUCAACGCCAAUGAAAAGGUGAACUCAGACCUUUGGCUUGCUCUCAAGGGCGGUGGCAGCAAUUUUGGCAUUGUGACUCGUUACGAUAUGGAGGCUUUGCCAAACAAAAAGCUCGCUCAUAAAGUCCGAACCAUCAACAUCACUCAUGCACCCCAAAUUGCAAGCGACUUUGUUGAAUUCACCGAAAACUAUGAGAAAUUUGCCAAUGACGCCCUAGUCGUCUAUCUCACGCAUAAUGCGACGCUUAUCAAGGAGACCACAGUGGGCACUAUUCAGGUGAGCACGGAGGGCAAGGCUAACAGCACGGGGUUCGAGAAGCUUGAUAAAAUCCCCGAUAUCGCACCGGCACCAUAUGACCACAUUACUCUCGCGGAAGCAGCAGCGGGCUCACAAGUCGUCGGUGGUACUUGGAUGUGUGAGGCUACACUCACAUUUUCCAACACCAAGGGACUUAUGAAGAAAGCUAUAAGUAUGCACGAGCGAUACGUCAGAGACAUGAAAAGUGCAAUCGGAGAAGAGAACUUUGCAACGAUGUUUUUCUUCCAGCCUAUGCCCACCAUGUUCGGGGAAAUCUCAAAAAGGAGAGGUGGAAAUAUGAUUGGAUUCGACCUCGAAGAGAAGAACUCCGUCCUUUGGACCGCGGGUGUGGUGGUCAAGACAAAUCAGCAAGACCGCAUCCACGCUCAAAGCCUAAUGAAUAAGAUGGCCGCCGAGUUGAAAAGUCAUUCGAAAUCGGUUGGUGGGGCCACUGAUCUAGUCUAUCUAAAUUAUGCCGAUACAACUCAAGAUCCCCUUGGAAGCUACGGCGCGAAGAAUGUGGAUUAUCUGAAAGGGGUAGCCAAGCGCUAUGACCCCGAAGGACUUUUCCAGACUCGAUUUCCACUGGGGUUCAAGAUCUCCAGCGUGGACUCUUGA